GUGUAAAAAUCAAUGCUAUCACAACCGGAACCAUACAAAAUUUUCAUAAUUGAAAAACAACUUUAUGUGGUUAAAACGUGUUCAGUGACGCAAUAUUGAUAACAAUAUUUAUGUGUGCUUGCACAGGAUUCAGGUUGACAAACACUGCGCUAGACUUUUUAUAAAUUUUACAGGUAUUUUUCGAUCUGUCACCCCUCUAUAUAAACUCGUCCGAGAAGGAAGUGAUCAUCACCUGUGAGACUGUCAAACACAAAACAACUUGAACUGUUUGUGAGUGAUUCGAGAAAGAAUAAUACUAUUUGGAUUUAAAAACAUUAAGUUUUAAACAUGCAAAACGACAAGGAUAAAUCGUCUGAUGUGAAAAGUUCCCUUUUGGAUUCUUUGAAGAAAUUUGUGGGCGCGGUUGAGGCGAUGAAUGAAACUGUGAUGAUUCCAAGUAGACUCAAAGACAUGGAAAUUUCAGCCUCCUCCAAACCAGUAAUCACAGAAAAUAACAAUAACGAAACGUGUUCUUCUUUACCAGAUAUCGAACCAGGAACAAGCAUGUACAGUUUUUACAAAGUGCUAAAUAAACUUGAGAAGGAGAUAGUUUCAGGACAGUCUGCAGAAGUUGAUGAUGGAGAUUUCACUGACAGCAGUGACGAUAAUUCUGACAAUUCGGACGAUUCUGCAAAUAUAUCAGCAACUAAUUUCAAAUAUCAUUUACGGGGACUUUUCAAUUCUUUGAAUCAAAUGACAGCUACUGCCAAAGUUCUAACGGACACAUAUGAAACUGAAGUAGGACAAUGUACCAGGCAUGCUCAUUUUUCAUCGUUCGCAGUUUAAAGCAGUGGCCCUAACUUUUAUGUGAAACACCGCAUGCGGAACAAACAGUCAUGCCAGUUACAACAGUGAGAGGGUAAAAACUUUUAUGAAUUCUGAUGCAAUAUUGAAAGGAGUAACGGUACUUGAAACCGAUCGCUUUGCCAGUUUCAUAACUAUAAAGUGCAAUUUCUGUAUAUUUGGCAACAUUUAUUGAAACAUUCGCACAUUGCAACUCUUCUUAGUUGGGGCGUGACUGAGUGUAAGUGUUAUUCAAGUCGUUGCCACAAUACUGAAGGCAUUUAAGUUUAUAUGGUUGUAAAGAGAGCGUGAUUCAAUAACUUUAAUACGAUAUGCUUGGUGAAUUACACUUUAAAUUGUUGAUGUGUUCACAUGUUUUAUUUAUUUAAUGUUAUUCAUGUUAAAUGCUUUCUACAGUUUCUUUUGAAUAUAAAAUUAUAAAGUUUA